AGGACUUGACUAAAAAUGUGUUGUUUUUAUUUAGCAGAUCUGGAAUCAUAUCUUGUCAAACUCAAGGAAUCGAUAUUACAGCAAACAGAUUUCCUACCGAAAGGAAUAGAUCAAAAUACAGUGAAAACRGACGAUAUUUUCACCAAUUUGACUCUUCACCAUGAAGAAAAAGAAAUCCUACACCGACAAACAGGUCAGAAAGUCGAUCAGGUUGCUCGUAAAAUGGUGACAAAACUAACACAAUGCUGUGAGAUUUUUAUUGACGAAAACAAAGAAAACAAUCCCAAGUCAAUCUUGAUUUCUGGUGAACCGGGUAUCGGAAAAACGCUAUUUUCGCAGAAAAUUGUGAGAGAUUGGUCAACCAAUAGCUUAUUGAUACCCGACAUCUAUUUCACUUACUUUAUAACAUUCAAACAACUUGCACGGCUUGGCAACAAAGAACUAACACUCAGAGAACUGCUGAAUCACUCCCUUUUACUAAACGAAAAGACUAUGGUAACCGAAGACAUUAUGGCGCACAUUAUCCAGCACCCAGAACAACUGUUUAUUGUCUUCGAUGGCUUUGAUGAAUACAAAGACCGCGACAAAAUAAUCAGAGACUUUGAAGAGGAAUUUCCCAAUGAUGUGAAAGCUAAGAUGCCAGUAGAUGCCUUGGUCAGCAAACUAAUCCGAAAAAAGAUUUUGCGUGAUUCAGUCUCGAUGAUAACCUCAAGACCGAGCGAAGCCGGCGCUUUGGACCAAAAAAUCCAUUUUCAUCGCUAUGUSGAGAUUACAGGAUUCUCAAAAAUCCAAGUAAUUGACUAUGUUGAGAAGUAUUUCAAAUGUAAACCAGAAAAAGUAAGAAAGAUGGCUGUGAACAAAGUCAAAGGAUCACCGCACCACAUAUCAUUUGGUCGCGCGCCAUUUCGUUGUUUUUUGAUGUGCAUCUUCAUCGAGUGGGAAAUCAAAAACAAACGCGAUAAUUUAGUUCCUGCAACUCUUACAGAAUUUUAUUGUAAUGUUAUCAAAUGCAUCGAAACAAAUUACAAUAAAGCAAUACUUAAAUUAGAUGAGAAAGCCGCUUCGUUGGCUGUUGACCAAACUCUCGAUAAUUUUGCACGACUAGCGGCACAGUUAGUUGAACAAAAUAGAUUCAGUUUUACUUCAGAAGACUUAGAAAACCUAAACUCAACAGAAAAGGAAUUGUUGCUUUCUAGUAAUCUUAUAAUUUGUUAUCCUGUUUCCAGUAAUUUGCCUUUUCAAAAACCAACGUGUGAAUAUAGCUUCACGCACUUCACAAUUCAAGAGUUUUUUGUUGCUCUGUAUUUGGUCAAGAAAGGUGUAAUGGCGGCACAAGAAAGCACUGAAAUGGUGUACAUCUUCAUGAGCGGUUUGUUAGGUUUAGAUAAUAACAAGAAAUCAAUGGUAGAACUACUAGAGUGUCUAGGUAAACAUAUUGAAGAUGAAGACAGACUAAGACUGGUGUCAUUAAGAUGUUUACACGAGUUUCAAGACAAAAGUUUGUCAAAACAAGAAGUGACUAGAAACCCUGACUACAGAUACUGGAAUAGUAAUGGGAGGAUUGGAUUACAAGGUGUAACCGACACGGACUGUGCAGCAAUCGCUAUGUUAGUGGAAUCCACUGCUACAUCAAUAUCAUCACCACCACACAGAUUGGACAUUAAUAUCUCAUUCAUAACAAGUGUUGGGUUAAGUAGUUUAAUGCCAUCUAUCAUUCAUUACUGUUCAAUCACUGUACUGUGGCUGUUGUAUUGUUAUUUGUAUGAUGAAUGUGCUGAGUGUUUGGGUAAAUAUUUACCCAACACUAACUUAACCCAGCUAGACCUGUAUGCUAAUAAAAUAACUGAUGUAGGGGUAAGACAUAUCAUUAAUAACUUACCAAGUAAUUUAACCUAUCUAGACCUGGCUGGUAAUAAAAUAACUGAUGUAGGGGUAAGACAUAUCAUAAAUAACUUACCAAGUAAUUUAACCCAUCUAAACCUGUCUCGUAAUCCAGUAUCUAAUGAAUGUAAAAAGUGGGCUGAACAAUUCUGUAACGAUAAUCAUCCUGGUCUUGUGUUAAGAAUAUAGAUAAUUCAAUCUUGUAUAAAUAAACCAAACAACAAAUCACAUCAAACUAUUUAUUYAUCAUUUCUUAGUUUUAUUUGUACARUUUCAUAUCAUAAUAAUAUUGUUCUUUUGUAAAUAAAAAUAUAUUUUCAUCACUUUGUGUGGUUUUGAAAAUUUUGUUGGCCACAUAUUGCUUAGUUCUUGUUUUCAGUUUGAGAAACUUAAUUUUACUUACAAGUCAUGAAAGACUUUCUUAUUAAUUUUGGAUUUUUUUCUGUUGAGUUUAGAAUUUUGGAUGAUAAGAUAAAUAUAAUGUUGAUAAAUUGUAAAUAGUCAGAAUCAUAGUGUAAAAAACUGUAUAUUUGAACUUCAAUAAAAUUGUACAUAAUUUGAUGUCAGUUUUUUUUCUUUUCCUUGAGGUCAAAACGAGUUUGAAUUAAACUAUUUCACAAAGA